GUACAUUUUAUAAUUAUAAAGUUUAAUCAAUGUGCUAAUAAAAUGAUUAGCAUUUAGCAAUAGCAAAGCCAUUGGAUUGGAUACCUAAUUAAUCAAAUAAUAAUUCUACUUUUUCUGUAAAAGAAAAUAAUUCUACUUUCACUUUUGUUGACUUAAUUUUCUAUUAUUAAUUCUUUUUAUCUUGUCUUCUUCUUCUUCUUCCUUAAUAUUCCAAUAUAAACAGCUGAGCUGAGCCCACCCACCAUUCAUAUCUCUUCUUCUUCUUCUCAACUAAUCAAGUAUCAACGAACGACCACCACAAUGGUUGCGGAAUCUAGCAGCGGCGGCUACCCGAUCAAAACGGUGGUCGUUUUGGUCCAAGAGAACCGCUCCUUCGACCACAUGCUGGGCUGGAUGAAGCUAGUCAACCCGGAGAUCGACGGCGUCACCGGCUCCGAGUCCAAUCCCAUAUCCACCUCCGAUCCCAACUCCAAACGCAUCUUCUUCGGCGACCAAUCGGCCUACGUGGACCCUGACCCGGGCCACUCAAUCCAGGCCAUCUACGAGCAAGUCUUCGGCGAGCCCUGGACGGAGGCCUCCGCCGCCAAGAAACUACCUCCGACCAUGGAGGGGUUCGCUCAGAACGCGGAGCGAACAAAACCGGGGAUGGCGGAGACUGUAAUGAACGGGUUCAAGGCGGAGUCAGUGCCGGUUUUCCGAGAGCUGAUAAAGGAGUUCGCGGUGUGCGACCGAUGGUUCGCGUCUGUGCCGGCGGAGACGCAGCCGAAUAGGCUGUUCGUGCACUCGGCGACGUCAUAUGGGCUGACGGGGAACGACAGGAAGCAAUUGAUAGAAGGGUUUCCUCAGAAAACCAUAUUUGAGUCCAUGGAUGAAGCUGGCUUCUCUUUCGGGAUUUACUAUGCUUACCCUCCUUCUACUCUUUUCUACAGGAACCUUAGAAAAUUAAAACAACUAGACAACUUCUAUAACUUCGAUAUUCACUUCAAAAAAGAUUGCGAAGAGGGAAAGCUACCAAACUACGUUGUGAUUGAACAAAGAUACUUCGACUUACUAUCAAUUCCCGGAAACGACGACCACCCUUCUCACGAUGUCUCGGAAGGCCAAAGGUUUAUCAAAAAUGUGUACGAAGCUCUCAGAGGUAGCCCUCAGUGGAAUGAAAUGUUGUUCAUAAUUGUGUACGACGAGCACGGUGGCUUCUACGACCAUGUUCCAACCCCUGUCGACGGAGUCCCUUCCCCCGAUGGUCUUCUUGGGCCGGCGCCUUACAACUUUGGCUUCGAUCGUCUUGGUGUAAGGGUUCCUGCCAUCUUCAUAUCUCCAUGGAUACAGCGAGGAACCGUUGUGCAUGAUCCAACAGGACCACUCCCUACAUCUCAAUACGAACACUCCUCAAUCCCAGCAACUGUGAAGAAGAUUUUUGGUCUGCCGAACUUCUUGACUAAGCGCGAUGAAUGGGCUGGAACUUUUGAGUCUGUCUUCUUGACCAGAACCACUCCCAGAACAGAUUGUCCAGUUACUUUACCAGAACCUCCGAAACUACGUGAUGGAGAAGCAAAAGAAGAUAGCAAACUGAGUUCGUUCCAAGCGGAGCUAGUUCAGAUGGCUGCAGCCUUGAAUGGAGACCAUUCCAAAGAUGUGUAUCCUGAUCACAAAUUGGUAGACGAGCUUACUGUUUCGGAGGCUGUUAAGUACUGCGAUGGAGCGUUUAACAUGUUCAUGGACGAGUGCCAUAAAGCCAAGCAGAGUGGCAUGGAUGCAUCCCACAUUGUUGUUUGCCUUGCUACCUCAUCAACAUCUCCACCACCACCAAAACGACCCUCCUCUAAUAAGUCUUUUACUCAAAAGAUUUUCUCUUGUUUAAUUUGCGAUCAUUAAUAGAUGAUGAUCUGCAGAGUUCAUUAAGGUUUGAUAUAUUGGAAUUUAAUUAUCAAAUUAAAAUCUUAUCAUUCUCUCUCUUUAUUAUUUCUUUUUUGUAAUUGAGUUCUGAUGACGGAUCAAUCUUCUAUUUCAAAUUUAUAAACACGUGCAUGCAUGUGUUACAUAUUUUAACAUUUUUUUGUAGUA